AUGGCUUCCAUCUCAACGCCAGAGAACGUCUCGUUCUACUCCCGUGCCUACAAGUUGGCAGCACACCUGUACCACCCUGCCCCGGGCGCACCGGAUCGCAAAGGGGCAGCUAUCGUUAUCUGUCACCCAUGGACGUCAAUCAAAGAGCAGGCGCCGGCCAACUACGCUCGAGUUUUGAGCAAAGCUGGGUUCACAUGCCUGGCAUACGAUGCCGCCCACCAGGGUGAAUCCGAAGGCCAGCCUCGCAAUCUCGAAGAUCCCUACCAGCGCGUAGAGGACAUCAAGAAUGCAGUGACCUACCUCGUCGGUCGCUCCGACAUCGACUCGGAAAAGAUUGGUGUUCUCGGGGUCUGCGCCUCUGGCGGCUAUGCCCCGAUGGCAGCUCAGACUGAUCUUCGCAUCAAAGCCGUGGCCACCGCGGCUGCGGUCUGCGUAGGCACGAUGUCCCGUCGCGGCUUUGACAAGGACUCGUCCAAUCUGGACGUCCUCCACGCACAGCUCGAGGCCGCCGCGAAAGACCGUAGUAGCGAUGUCGGUGGGGCAAAAGUUCCAGAGAUUCACAUGCUGCCCAGCAAUGCGAAAGAUGCUGAAAGUCUGCCUGAGAGCUUCAAGGACCUGUUCCAGUACUAUCACACUCCCCGGGGCGAGCAUCCGCGCGCGCCGAACAUCACUCUUGCCCGCGGUUGGGACAUGUUUGCGAACUUCGAUGCCUUUGCCUUCAACAGCAUGAUCAGCCCCAGACCCAUCUUGAUGAUCACCGGCACCAAGGCGGCGACGAAGUGGUACAGCGAAGACGGUAUCGCAAAGGCCAAGGAGCCGAAGGAGCUGUAUGUAAUCGAUGGUCUCACUCACGCGGACCUGUAUGACAAGGUGGACGACGCUGGUGCUAAAUGCGCCGAGUUCUUUGGGAAAUAUCUUGUUUGA